AUGAAUAAAGGGGGCUCUCGGUCGACCACCUCGCUUCCACCGGAGCCGGUGGAAAUAAUCCGGAGCAAGGCGCACUACCGUCGGGUAAGACUUAAUGUUGGGGGUCUCCUCCACGAAGUUCUAUGGAGAACGCUGGACAGGUUGCCCCGAACAAGGCUGGGCAAACUACGAGACUGUAACACCCACGAGUCUCUCAUGGAGAUAUGCGACGACUACAGUUUGGAUGAUAAUGAGUACUUUUUCGACAGACACCCCGGGGCUUUCACGUCCAUUCUGAAUUUCUACCGCACGGGAAAACUGCACAUGAUGGAGGAGAUGUGUGCCCUGUCGUUUAGUCAGGAGCUGGACUUCUGGGGUAUAGAUGAGAUCUACCUGGAGUCCUGCUGUCAGGCCAGGUACCACCAGAAGAAGGAACAAAUGAACGAGGAGCUCAAAAGAGAGGCCGAAACUAUGAGGGGCAGGGAAGGCGAGGAUUUUGAUACCACAUGUUGUUCCGAGAAACAAAAGAAACUGUGGGAUCUCCUGGAGAAGCCGAGUUCCUCGUUAGCUGCUAAGGUCCUGGCCAUCAUCUCCAUCCUCUUUAUCGUGCUGUCAACCAUUGCCUUGUCUCUGAACACCCUCCCGGAGCUGCAGGACAUAGACGAGUUUGGCCAGGUGACAGACAACCCUCAGCUAGCUCACGUGGAAGCGGUGUGCAUCGCCUGGUUCACCAUGGAGUACCUGCUCCGCUUCAUCUCCUCACCCAGCAAGUGGAAGUUCUUCAAGGGUCCACUAAACAUAAUAGACCUGCUGGCCAUCCUACCCUACUACGUCACCAUUUUCCUGACUGAAUCCAAUAAGAGCGUUUUACAGUUCCAGAACGUCCGGAGGGUGGUGCAGAUCUUCAGGAUCAUGCGUAUCCUCCGUAUUCUGAAGCUGGCCAGGCAUUCCACAGGGCUUCAAUCUCUGGGCUUCACCCUGAGGAGGAGCUACAAUGAGCUGGGCCUGCUCAUCCUAUUCCUGGCCAUGGGCAUUAUGAUUUUCUCCAGCCUUGUCUUCUUCGCUGAGAAGGACGAGGAGGACACCAAGUUCAAAAGCAUCCCGGCCUCCUUCUGGUGGGCUACCAUUACUAUGACUACGGUGGGGUAUGGGGACAUCUACCCAAAGACUUUACUGGGUAAGAUUAUUGGGGGUCUAUGCUGCAUAGCUGGAGUGUUGGUGAUAGCCUUGCCCAUCCCCAUCAUCGUCAACAACUUCUCAGAGUUCUACAAGGAGCAGAAGAGGCAGGAGAAGGCCAUCAAACGGCGGGAGGCCCUGGAGAGGGCCAAGAGGAACGGCAGCAUCAUCUCCAUGAACAUGAAGGAGGCGUUUGCACGCAGUGUCGAGCUCAUAGACGUAGUGGUAGAAAAUAAUGGAGAGAACAUGGGGAAGGUGCAGGACAACCACCUGUCUCUUAGCCACAGGAAAGAGACUCCCAAGAGGACCACCUCAGAGAUGGGCUCCACUCAGUCAUUAGAGCCCAGCUCACCAGACAAAGCCCAUCCCGCCAGCCCUCAGCAACUCAACACUCAGAAACUGGAGGAGAUGUACAACAAGAUGGCCAAGACCCAGUCUCAGCCUAACCUUAACAGUAAGGACAAGGGGCAUUUGUCUAAAGCGCCCAAGAAGAGAGACGAGAUAGAGAUGGGUAUCAUCCCCACAGAGCCUGCCCCAACCACAGACAUGAGGAGCAUGUCCAGUAUUGACAGCUUCAUGAGUUGUGCUGCUGACUUCACCGAAAGUGCCCGCUUCUCCCACAGCCCCAGCACCAUUGUUCCAGGGAGGGUUAGCACCAACCCCGUGCUCGAGACCACCCUGGAGCACGAGGCCAUGGUGUCCUCCCACAGCGCCACCAAGGUCCCUGGAGGACGAGGCUCCAAGCACGGCCUGUUCUCUGACAGCCCCCGGGGCCUACGCUUCAGCAACCCGCUAAAGAACCGCUCCCUCAAGGUCAACUUCAAAGGCGGGGACGCAGACCCUUCCUCCUCCUCCUUAGCACAGGGGCCAGGGGGCGGGGCCCUCUCAGAUAGCUCUGCCCUCUCUGCCCACUCCCUCAUGAGUCCUGAGGUGUCUGUCUACACCACUGCCAGCAGCAAGACUCCACCCCCUGAGACCCUGAUCCCGACAGUCUUCACAUUCCAUGACGCGUCCAUCAGUAAGUUCAUUGAUGCUGACACGGACGAGGAGGAACACCUCCAUGAUAGCUCGGGAACAAACGCCUCCCAGAGGCUUCUGGGAAAAGCCAGCCCCAAGCUCAGCUCCUACAGCAGUCACCACCGCGUGGCCAACCACCUGGAGGGCUCCCAGAGAAUGCUGGGUAACAGUGUGUUCCCCUUGGAGGCCAGGUCAGGUGGGGGACAGGGGAAUCAUGUGCUCUCCCGGGGAGAGAGGAGUCGUUCAAACACCCAUAAUGAGAGCAAGUGA